AUGACAGUUUUUUUAACCAACGUUUGUCCAUAUUUUUUUUUAAGUGUAUCAAUUAUAAGAAUGACUACAUCUUUAAAUAAAUAAAUAAAUAUAGUAAAAGUAUUGAAAUAUAUAUUUUCUCGAAGAAAUUCGAUCAAAUGAGCACAUUUUAUAUUUAAUGGCGCCUGUUAUAUGUAUAUUACUGUAGCCCAACCAACCAUAAUGCAUGCAGUACGGUUAAUUUGUACACGAAGAGGCUAGCUACACUGUAUGAAAAAUAAAACACAUAAAUUGGUUGCUGCAACGUUUUUUCGAUGGCGACAGUAGAACCCAAACUCGUCCUUUUAUUUAGUGGGAAACGCAAAUCUGGAAAAGAUUACGUGACGGAUUUGAUUCACCAAAGACUAGGUCCAGAUGUAUGCUGUAUCUUGCGUCUCUCGGGUCCUCUUAAACAGCAAUACGCACAGGACCAUGGAUUGGACUUUGAUGAGCUGUUGGGAGCAGGUGAGUACAAGGAGAAGUACCGUGCUGACAUGAUCCAGUGGGGUGAGAAGCAGAGGGAGAAGGACCCAGGGUUCUUCUGUCGUGUGGCCAUCAAGGAGGCCCAGCAGCCUAUCUGGAUUGUGAGUGAUACGCGGCGUCUGUCAGACCUGCAGUGGUUCUGGAGGGAGUAUCCUAGUCAGUCUCGCUGUGUUCGGGUGGAGGCCUCAGAAGAGACACGGAAGGAGAGGGGCUGGGAGUUCACAACAGGAAUAGAUGAUGCAGAGUCUGAAUGUGGGCUCGACCAAGGAGUGGAUUUUGAUUGGAUAAUCAAAAAUGAGGGCGAUGGAUCCCAACUGGAGGAGCAGCUUGCUACUGGGCUGCUCUCAAUAGCCAAAGAAAAGGCGAAAGAAGACUGAAUUGGAGGGGCCAUUACACAGCUGUAGGAACUUGCUGAAGGCUCUUAUUGUUGGAAAGUGUAGUUGGGUAUACAUUACACUAUUUUCUGUGAAAAUCCUAGAACAUCUGUCACACUGAGGAGCAGCAGAAAGUGGGAAUAUGUAGUAUUUAUUUCUCUACAGUGUUCUGUACUAUCAACUAAGUAGCAGGGCAAGAAUACUCAAAUCUGAUCAAAAACCGAAACAUGAAAGGUGUGUAUAUUAGCACUGACCGAUAUGAAUUUACAUGGAUCACACACAACUGCCAAAAUUAAACACUUGAGAAAAUAAAGGAUACAAAGUGUAUUGAAAGCUGGUGCUUCCACACGGGUGUGGUUUGAGUUAAUAAAGCAAUUAAAACAUCCCAUCAUGCUUAGGGUCAUGUAUAAAAAUGCCCAGUAGCCCAUUAUUUUGGCUACCAUGGCUAGAAGAGAUGUGACUGUCACAUUCAUCCAAUAAAGUUCAACACUUUAAUAGCUGCCAUGGUGCAUUGAAACUUUUCUGGUGCCCUAUUAAUUGAUGUACGUUAGAGUUUCCUUUAUCUUGGUGUUUACCUGUACUUAGUGAUGUCCUCCAUGCAGGAGGCAAAUGUCAUCAAGACCGAAUGUGCAGAUGACUUAAUCUGUACUUGUAUAAGUGUCAUUGUGCCAUUUUUUUAAAUUUUUAAUAGUCUUAGAUUGUAAAAUAAGCUACUGGAAAAUAGAGUUUUAGUUGUAAAUAGCUAGAAGAUUAACUGGAAACCUGGAAAGUGCACAUAUGUUGACCCAUGGUAAAAUUAGCACAAUACUGCAUUACACACCCAUUCAACAGGAUUAAAUGUACUAGACACAGACAUGAUCAAUGUUCUAAUAGCAGGGUAAGUGUUAGUUCGUAAAACAUUUUAAAGUAGACAUGAGGGAAUCAAUGUUCACAUUUUGAAAGAGCAACUCCGUAGCACUCAAUUUCUAAGAGUUUAUUGGAGUUGUGUCAAACUAAAGAAAAUAAAGGGGGAAAAAAUGUUUUGGAAUGUCAAUACAGAUCAUGGUUCUUUAUUUCUUUAAUGGUGUCCGUGUGUGUCAUAAUUAUUACAAUGAAAACAUUACUGGUAACAAUGUUUACACCCUUGGCAUCGAGUGAAAAUUUCCAGUUAAACUUGAUGCAAUAUUUUACUUUUUAUUUCUUUAAAUUUUACAAGGUUUGCAGUUCACUUCAUUUGCAGAAAA